AUGGCUGUCAUCGUUCUCAUCUUGCAUCAUCCCUUAUUUCUUCCGCCAUAUUCACUUUCCUAACCCUAAGUCACCCCAUCUUUAAUCAACGGAUCUCAACAUCUUCAACCAUUUGAUUACAACAUCUCCCCCUUUAUUGCUCCCUUUUCCUUCUACAUAAUUUCUUAAUAUUGCUCUGUUUCAGACUUUCAGCAGGUUGCAUUUUUGGCUUUUGAAGAAUUUGUUUUAAUGGGAAAGGCUCCAGCUUUCUUUGUUGAUGAUGUGCAAAGGAGUUUUUCAAAUGGGUUUGAUCUGAAACUAAAGGACUUCGAUUCGGCUGUUGCUGUUGGAAACAAAACUUAUGUUAUUUGUGGGACUGAUGAUCCAACGUCGAGUGGAGUCCGUGUUCUCAACAAGUUGACCGGUGAAUGGGUGAUACCAACUGUUCUAGGAACAAAACCGGAGUCAUUCAAGGGCCAAUCAUGUGUACUUUUGAAUAAAGAUAGAAUCUUGAUCAUGAAACACAAUUCCAAAUCUAAUGAAUCUGUUUGGUUUCUUGAGGUGGACACACAGUUCAUUCGGGACCAAAAGAAGAAACUUGGUACCGAAGUUGUUAGUUGGAGUAAGGGUGUUAUCGGUAACGCUAAGAGACCCUUAGUGAUUAGUGGCCCGUCUGGGGUUGGUAAGGGUACCCUAAUCAACAUGCUAAUGAAAGAAUUCCCCUCAAUGUUCGGAUUCUCUGUAAGCCACACAACUCGUGCUCCAAGAGAGAAGGAACAAAAUGGGGUCCAUUAUCAUUUUAGCAAACGCAAUGUUAUGGAAGAAGAUAUUAGAAACGGGAAGUUUCUAGAACAUGCCGCAGUCCAUGGAAACCUUUAUGGUACUAGCAUAGAAGCUGUUGACGUCGUUGCUGACGCUGGAAAGACAUGCAUUCUCGAUAUCGAUGUUCAAGGAGCAAGGUCCGUGAGGGAGAGUUCGCUCGAAGCUACGUUCGUUUUUGUUUGCCCGCCGUCAUUUGAGGAGCUUGAGAAGCGUCUUCGUGCAAGAGGGACGGAAACUGAAGAGCAGAUCGAGAAAAGACUUAGAAACGCAAAGGCUGAGCUUGAACAAGGAAGAUCUCCAGGCCUUUUUGAUCAUGUUUUGGUGAACAAUGAUCUUGACGCUUGUUAUGAACAACUUAAGAAUAUAUUGGGCAUUAGUGAAAGCAUGAACACCGUCCCAACAACCCCUAGCAAGGUGUUUGAUUUGCCUGUUGACUUCUCAUUGUCCAAAGUCAAUGAAAAGAUCCUGAUAAACCAUGGGGCUGCUGAACAAAAGGUUCUUGAUUUAUCUUCCAUGAAAGGAGGGGCACCGGGCCGAACAAGAGGGCUGGAGAUGUAUGUUCUUUAACGAUAAACGCGUCGCGACUUGUAAAACAAAGUGACAUGUAGUUAGUAAGCCCAUUUUCCGGGAUAUUCUUAUUCAAUAAAGUUAUUUGUUGAGAGAUAUGGAGUAGUGAACAAUGAGAAUUUGUAUUAUACAUUUGAAUAGAUGUUUGUAUGAUUUAAGCAAUAAUAAGGGGUUAGGCAUGAAUGCAUGAUUAUUAUAGGAAAACAGGUGAGUGGGGCCCUUAAGUAUUUUAUUGCUCAAAUCAAAUGCUUGUACCAAAACUCUUUGUU